AUGGUGAAGGAGGGCAAGUCCCAGGAAGGAACACCCCAGUUAGAACUGCCUCAGACCAUUCAACAGACUCUUCAAAGGACAUUGCAGUAUUUUGAGCAUCAAGUUAUUGGUUACAGGGAUGCAGAAAAGAACUUUCACAAUAUAUCAAACAGAUGCUCCUACACAGACUGCUCUGGCAAUGAAGAAACAGAAGAUGUCUCAGGAAUUCUCCAGUGUACAGCUAAUGUACUUGGUUUAAAGUUUGAGGAAAUGCAAGAAAAGUUUGGGGAAGAAUUCUUCAAUAUCUGCUUUGAUGAGAAUGAGAGAGUUCUUCGAGCUGUAGGUGGGACCCUCCAAGACUUCUUCAAUGGCUUUGAUGCUUUACUGGAGCACAUUAGAACUUCAUUUGGAAGACAGGCCACCCUAGAAUCCCCUUCUUUCCUAUGCAAAGAGCUCCCUGAAGGCAAUCUCAUGCUUCAUUACUUUCACCCACAUCAUAUUGUGGGAUUUGCAAUGAUGGGAAUGAUAAAGGCGGCAGCAAAGAAAAUUUACCGGUUGGAGGUGGAAGUAGAGCAGAUCACUAGUGAUAAACUGUGCUCAGAGGGGACAAACCCAGGUAACUGCAGCUGUCUGACUUUCCUUAUCAAGGAACAUGAAAAUGCAAAUAUCACAAAAACACUUCCACCAGGAACAUCCCAGUCUCCCUUGGACCUGAGGAUUAGCAUCAGCACCUUCUGCAGAGCUUUCCCCUUCCACCUGAUGUUUGAUCCAAACAUGUUGAUUCUGCAGCUUGGAGAAGGUCUUCGGAAGCAGCUCAGAUGUGAUACUCAUAAAACACUGAAAUUCCAGGACUGCUUUGACAUAGUUUCCCCUAAGAUCAGCGCCACGUUUGAACGAGUCCUCAUGAGAUUAUCUACUCCCUUUGUGAUUCGGACCAAACUUGAGGAUUCUGGCUCUGAGAAUAAAGAUAAGGUGAUGGAAGUUAAAGGACAAAUGAUUCAUGUGCCCGAGUCAAAUUCAAUUUUGUUUCUGGGUUCCCCCUGUGUGGACAAGCUGGACGAACUGAUGGGCCGAGGCCUUCACCUUUCAGAUAUCCCUAUCCAUGAUGCUACCCGUGAUGUAAUAUUGGUUGGGGAGCAAGCGAAGGCGCAAGACGGCUUGAAAAAACGCAUGGAUAAGCUGAAGGCCACACUAGAAUGCACGCACCAAGCCCUGGAAGAGGAGAAGAAGAAGACUGUUGAUCUUCUGAUCUCCAUUUUCCCCGAGGAAGUGGCCCAGCAGCUAUGGCAGGGGCAGCAAGUUCAGGCGAGGAAGUUUGAUGAUGUCACGAUGCUCUUCUCGGACAUCGUGGGCUUCACUGCCAUCUGCGCGCAGUGCACCCCCAUGCAGGUCAUCAGCAUGCUCAACGAGCUCUACACGCGCUUCGACCAUCAGUGUGGCUUCCUGGACAUCUACAAGGUGGAAACAAUAGGUGAUGCGUACUGUGUGGCAGCAGGGCUGCACAAGAAAAGCCUUAGUCAUGCUAAAGCCAUUGCCCUGAUGGCACUGAAGAUGAUGGAGCUUUCAGAAGAGGUUCUCACGCCAGAUGGGAGCCCUAUUAAGAUGAGGAUAGGCAUUCACUCAGGAUCAGUUCUGGCUGGUGUUGUUGGUGUAAGAAUGCCACGUUAUUGUCUCUUUGGAAACAACGUCACUCUUGCAAGCAAGUUCGAGUCAGGAAGUCACCCACGUCGCAUCAACGUCAGUCCAACCACAUACCAGUAA